AUGGCAACGGACCUGACGACGGCGCGACGCCGGCUGGUCGAGUACUUCUUCGUCGCGACCAAGACAGGCGCCGGCGACGAGGCGCUCACCUUCCAGUACCCGGCGACGACCGAGGCCGACGAGUACCCGCCCAACAUCCUCAUGUUUAUGUUUCCGUGCACGUCGUCGCCGGCGCAUGGCGGCCUGCUGCCGCCGCCGGUCUACAACACCUUUGUGCUCACGACCGCGACCGGCGCCGCACUCUACGGCACGUCCAUCUGCUUUUGCGCGCUCACGUCGUCGAGCGAUAUGCAGCACACGCUCACGUCGCUCUGCUUUGUGAGCCAGUGGCCUUUCUGCGGCCCGUUGCUCAAGUACCUCGAGCAGCUCGCGCUCCUUGGUGUGCACCAGGCGCGGCAAGUCGACUAUGUCGGCGUCGAGAAGAGCUUGGCCAACCUCUUUUUCGAGGUGCCACUGCCCGUACGCGGCCGGGCGGGCGUCGUCGCCAGCAUUGGCGAUACGGACGUGCUCUUGAAGCGCUACACGAUGCAAGACGUCCCGUUCGAGAUGGACAUGGAGUUUCUCGAGUAUACGUUUGCGAUCCUCCCGCCGGGUACGCUGCUUGGCGUGCUCUGCCAUCUCUUGCUCGAACACGCGGUGCUCAUUGUCGGCGUCGACACGCUCUUCGUCACGGCCGUCGCCGAGACGCUUCGGCACUUGCUCUUUCCGCUGCAGUGGGACCAUGUCUUUAUUCCCGUGGUGCCACUCGGCGUCGACAUGGCGACCCUAUUGGACGCGCCCGUGCCGUUCGUGGCCGGGGCGCAUCCGCUCCAGCUCGAAGGCGCUGCCUUGCCGCCCACG